UCAACCGCACGAGAAGCUGCCAGCCACUCAGAGCUGUGUUCCGCGCCUUUGCUCCCAGGAUCAAAAUCGCCAAAUUCCAAACGCACAUCGGCUGGGCACUUCGCGAUCAUCAGGAGUGCAAACAACCAUUGUAGAUGCUUUUAACUAUGUUGGCAAGAAAAAAGUGUCUUCUUCUGCGUUCAACCCGGUUGAAACAGGAUCACUUCCAGCAGAAAAGUCAGAGCAUGACGAUGCUGAAACAUUGAAGGAUACUAUCAUGAACUCAUCCAAAGAUAGUGUGCGCGCAUAGGACGGCGUAGAGGGUUCAACGGUUGAAGACAGCCAUCCUGAUACCGAGAAAAGCAGAAUUUGUGAUCCGUCGGAUCCAGCAGCAGGUGUUUCCACUGACCGUCAUCAGUUUGCUGCUAUGGUACGGAAAGGGCCUUUCCAGCCAAGUCUGUCAGAAUACCCGAUCACCCGAUUCGGUGGCAAAAAGCGUGCCUUCAGGAAAGCUUGGUACGCUGUUCAUGACUGGCUCGAGUACAGCAUCAUUACUGACAAAACCUUCUGCUUCGUCUGUCGACUGUUUGGCAAGGAAAAUUCCGGAAAGGGUGGCCAUUCAGAUCCAGCUUUUGUAUCGACUGGUUUUUCAAACCGGGAAAAGGCAACACAAGCUUUCGCGACUCAUGAACGGUGCGAUUUCCACGUCGGCUGCAAGGAAGCACUUUUUGCUUUCAAAACACAGAAAGGAGUUGAUGAACAGCUUGAUGACCAAAAAUCAGCAGUGCUGAAAGCGAAAGAGCAGGUUCGUCUCAGGAAUCGUCGCUUGAUUGCUCAGCUGGCUGAAGUGGUAAGGAUGUUGUGCAGAGGCGGUCGACCCUUUCGUGGCCACGAUGAGUCAAAUGAUUCUCAAGAAAAACGACUGUUUCUGGAGGUUAUACAUCUCAUCGCAAAGUACGAUGAUCAAUUGCAAGAACACCUUAAAGCUGGACCCAAGAACGCAACCUAUCUCAGUAACAAAACGUAAAAUGAAUUAAUUGCUGCGAUGCACAACGUUAUGCUGCGAAAGAUUCAAGGCAAGCUAUUUGGUAAAAGGAUAACAAUCAUCGCUGAUGAAACCAGCGAUUGUGGUCAUCAUGAGCAGCUGGCCGUCGUGAUCCGUUACGCUGAGGAUGACGGUAGCUCACAAGAGGUGUUUGUUGGGCUGAGGAGAUUGCUGAAAACGGAUGCACAAACCAUUUUCAACGAGCUGUGUGCUGUUUUGGGCGAUCUUAAUCUAACGUGGGAUCAAACGGCUUGUGUCUGCUUCGAUGGAGCGAACAACAUGUCCGGUCAGCACGGCGGUGUCCAGGCCUAGUGUAAGGAGAAAAAUAAGCGUAUUCAAUAUAUUCACUGCUACGCACACUGCUUAAAUCUCGUGCUGGUCGACGCUGUAACGUCCAGGAAGGAAAAUGGAAUCGUUUUCGAUUUUUUCGUUCCUGUACUCAUUCAUCGAAGGCAGCCCAACACGACACGCCGUUUUCGAGCGCGUUGUUGUCAGAGGUGGAGACCGCCUGAAGGCGCUGAAGACGCUAUCAACUACUCGCUGGGCGGCAAGAUCGGAAGCAGUGUCCGCGGUUCGAGAACAGUUCGAGUCGAUCGUAAAGGCAACGGAGGAAGUAAUUGACACGUCAUCCGCUCCUAAUGUUAAAGCGAAAGGAAAAGGCCUACUGGCACAGCUUAAAAGCUUUAACUUCAUUUUGGCUUUAUACACCACUGAUUUCGUUCUUCGUCUCAUUAACAUCGUGAACAAAACUCUUCAGAGCAGCACUGUCAGUGUGUCUGCGUCGCUGAAAGCGAUCGACUCAUUGAAAAUCCGGCUGAAGGACUUGCGAAAUGAUUCAUCUUUCAGGGACUUUUUUGAAGAUGCUGUAGCAAUGUGUGAGAAGUUGAGCGUUGAUGUGCCAGCCGUGCGGAACCGGAAACCAGUCAGGAAACCCGAUUCAGAUUCAGUCUCGGAAGCUGUAUUUUCGUCGAAGGAAGAAGAAGUAAGAGUCAAAUUUUACUUCCCGCUGCUCGAUAGUCUCCUUGAUGGAUUAGAAGAACGUUUCGACCAAGAAUCAACCGCUGCAUUGCGUGCAUUUGAAAAGGUCUUGAACCUGGAGGCAAACUGUGAGGAAACAGCUUUAGUAGCUGGUCUAGUGGAAGUGAAGGCAUUUGAUCUGCAAGCCGAAAUGAGUCUGCUGACAACACAGCGUAAUGAGAUUGUUGGAAAAGAACCGGAGGAGCUGAUUAGCUGGCUAGGCAGCACCGGGCAGGAGGCGAUGUUUGAGAACUACGCAAAAGUCGCCAAAACGUUUUCGGUUUAUCCUGUUUCUUCGUGCAAGGCUGAGAGAGCAUUUUCCAAAAUGGCAAUUGUUAAGAUGAAACUUCGAUCAACAAUGCUGCAAAAGCGCCUGAACGCGAUUAUGCUCCCGUUUGUUGAGCAGCAGCUUUGUAACGAGAUAUGCAUCGAAGAUGUAGUUGACGAAUUCGACAGGCUGACAGGUGCUCAGCGAAGAUUUGCUCUGUGAUAAUCAUCGCUAGCUUUUUACAAUGCUAUUGAUUAAUAAAUACUGAACUACACCGUGUACUUCUCUUUUCAAAACCUAAAAAAAAAA